CGUGCAGCUGGGGGAGGGGAACCGGUUUGAUAAAGCGGACUGGGGGGUUGAACCAAGGACGGCUUCUUUCCAGUAAAGGGGGGCAUCGCUGGCUGCACUGUGGGCUCUUCCUGUUAAUCCCAGAUCGGACCAUAUAAACAGGUAUAACGCGGAGAGGACGUUUAAUCAAUCCACGCCGCAAACCUUGGAUUAGGAUAAUACACUCUACUCCAUCAAAAAUGAAGGCAGAUAUCAUCUGGAUUUACAAACUUUUCUUGUGUGUUGUGCUCGCUGUGAAUUCAGAGUGCAGGAAGCAGUCGUUACAGCAGUACCAGAAGAGUGAGGACACCAGGCUGCUGUGUCCAGACUGCCCCCAGCCCUCCAUGGUCAAGAACAGCCGCUCGCUGGAGCACUGUGCUCGCAAGUGCAGCAAGAACAAGAAAACCUUCACCUGCAGGGCAUUCUACUUCGACCAUCAAAACAGGAAAUGCCACUUGCUUCCCUUUGACCGCUUCAUGGACGGUGCUCACAGGGAACACAGGGUGAACUUUGACCUUUAUGAGAAAAAAGAUUAUGUGAGGGAGUGUAUCAUCGGUUCCGGGGUGAACUACAAAGGCAGGAGGGCGGUAACCAAGGACAAGAUUCCCUGUCAGUCAUGGACUGAAUCCUUCCCUCACGAACACACCUUCCAGCCAGCGAGACUGGGCAAGAAGGACCUGAAUGGGAACUUCUGCCGUAACCCCAAGAACGAGAGCAGUGGGCCCUGGUGUUUCACUACAGACCCAGAGGUCAGGCACCAAGAGUGUGGCCUGCCUCAGUGCUCCCAAGUGGAGUGUAUGAGGUGUAACGGGGAAGACUACAAAGGGCCGAUGGAUCACACAGAUAGCGGGAAGGAGUGUCAGAGAUGGGAUUCAUCCAAGCCCCACAGACACCCCUACCAACCUAAAAAGUACCCUGAUAAAGGGCUGAAUGACAACUACUGUCGGAAUCCGGACAACCGUCUGCGUCCGUGGUGUUACACCCUGGACCCACAAACACCCUGGGAGUACUGCAACAUCAGUGUGUGUGACCCAGGUAAUGACUCUGAUGUGGAUGCUACAUCGUCGUGUUUCAGGGAGCAGGGACAGAGUUACCACGGUACUGUGAGCGUCACCCCGUCGGGCGUCACAUGUCAACGCUGGGACUCCCAGUUCCCCCAUAACCACACCUACAGCCCGCAGAAUUACAAGUGCAAAGACCUGAGAGAGAACUACUGUCGGAACCCAGAUGGUGCAGAGAUCCCAUGGUGCUUCACUACAGAUCCUAACCAGAGACUAGCCUUCUGCACCAAUAUACCCCGGUGUGAGACAGAGAACAUCGACACAGAAGAUUGUUAUGAGGACAAUGGAGGGAAUUACACAGGCAAUUUAUCCAAGACCAGAUCAGGAAUUCCCUGUGGACUGUGGGAAAAUCAUAGCAACAGUGGAGAAUCCAGCGUGGGUUUGGAGAGGAACCUGUGCAGGAAUCCAGACCAGGAUAAGCACGGUCCCUGGUGUCACACUACGGACCCCUCUAUCCCAUGGGACUACUGCAAGCUCAAACGCUGUGAUAAGUCUCCGAACAUCUCUGCCCACCCAAGAAGCAUCUCUCUCGUGUCUAAGACAUCCUGUUUCAUCCACAAGACCACCCGGAUUGUUGGAGGAGCCCAGGUCCACAAAGCUAAGGAUGGUAGUUGGGUUGUCAGCAUCCAGAAAGGGAACACUCACUGGUGCGGGGGCUCGCUGAUCCGAGAGGAAUGGGUGCUGACGGAUCAACAGUGCUUCUCCUCCUGUGUUCCAGACCUGAGUGAGUACAGUGUACAGGUGGGCCUCCUUCACCUCAACUCGUCCUUGGACCACCCCAGGCUCCGCAUCGCACACGUGGUCUGUGGCCCGGAGGGAUCCAACCUGGCCCUGCUCAAACUGGCCAAGCCUGCCCCUCUCUCUGAGCAUGCCUUCACCAUCCAGCUCCCAGUAGCAGGCUGUGGGGUCACAGACGGAACCAACUGUCUCAUGUACGGCUGGGGAGAGACCAAAGGGACAGGAUAUGAGGGGGCACUGAAAGCUGUGAGUCUGCCCAUGGUCAGUAACGACUGGUGUUCUGAGCUCCACGACAAAACCCUGCCUGUCACCGACAGCAAAGUGUGCGCCGGGGGCAAGACAGACCAGGGAGUGUGUGAGAGAGACUACGGUGGCCCGUUGGUGUGCCAGGAACGAGAGAGCAAAGUCAUCGUGGGCGUGAGCAUCCACGGCCGGGGCUGUGCCCUGGCCCGGCGGCCCGCCAUCUUCGUCAAUGUGGCCUACUACUCGGGGUGGAUCCAUAAAGUCUUCAUACACUACUCCAGGUUGGAGGAAAAACUACUGGAAGAAGCACAGACUAAACCACUCCAUUCAGGACUGUACCACUAGCAUGCAAGAGGAGGGAUGGAGCAUUCAGGACUGUACCACUAGCCUGCAAGAGGAGGGGUGGAGCAUUCAGGACUGUACCACUAGCCUGCAAGAGGAGGGGUGGAGCAUUCAGGACUGUACUACAGCACUGUAAGAGGAGGGGUGGAAUAUUUAGGACUGUACCACAAGCCGGUAGGAUGGAGAAUGUCCAACAGAGGAUGCCUUACUAACAAGACGGUUGGGAGAUGUAAGAAUGAGGAAACUGACUUUAUGGGAAGCAGCCAUUUUGGGGCUUCGUGGCUGGACGUCGCUUCAGUUUUUGGAGGGAAAAAACACAAUGAAUGGAAGAGAUAUUUUGGGAUGUUCAGAGGCUGGGAAUACAAUGACAUGUUCAGAGAGGCUGAAAAUGAUAAGAAGGAUUCUUAUAAUAUGCAAAUUGAUUAAUGCAGGACCAGGUUAUUACGCCUUGAUCACACUGAUAGCGUCAUUGCGCAAAGUAGUACCUAGCAUCAUUUGGAUUGUGUGCAACAAAAGUUCAACAUUCACCUUCUGCUACCAUUUCUGUCAAGCUGUCUACGCAUACAAUGUGAUGCAUACCUUGAUAAAUCCAAGGUAUGCACCACAAAGAACACACUGCAACUGCCUCUGCAACGCAAUACUGCAAGGCAAAUGCAGCAUUCCAUUGGAAAUGAAUGUAUUUCUGCUGUACCAAAAUGUAUUGACGCUGUCUUUGUGAUUGAGGCAUUAGCUUUAAUAACAUUUCUAAACAAUAGUUUCUGGCACAUGGACAGCUUUUUUUUUGGUGAAAUAUAUGAAUACUCUUAAGCCAUAAAGAGGGGUGAAUUGAUUUGUUCUCUCACUCCGCCCACAAGACAAUAGGAAUGGUAUGGAUGACUCAGUAUUGUCUCCUGGAAAAUACUUGAAUUUGAUCAGAACCAAAACCAGAGCCAUGCGAGGAGGGAUCCAGACAGGACUUGGUACGAUCCGUGGCUACUGGGUCACGUUGAGGGCACGUGAUGUAAUGGCUAAAAGUUUAGUCAUUCAGAAGUUACCACUUGGUGAGUGGUGGGAAUUAAAACCUGCCUAGAAACAACCUCUAGCUCAUAGCCGUAAGCUCAUAGCCCUACUCCCCAGGUACUGGUGUAGAGCACUGUAUACCAACUCGAGUCCUCCAGUACCCCCAACAGCACACACUUCUGUUGUAGUCCCGCAAAAGCACACCUGAUUCAAUUUGUCAGCUAAUCAUCAAGCCCACCUCGAGUUGAAUCAGGUUUGUCCAGAGUUACAACACAAAUGUAUGCUGUUGUGGAUACUGGAGGACUGGAGUUGGUAUACACUGCUCUACACCAGUACCUGGGGAGUAGGGCUAUGAGCUUGAGGCAAUGAGCUAGAGGUUGUUUCUAGACAGGUCCUAACUCUCACCAUUCACCAAGUGGUUGUUUUUGGAAAGACUAUUCAGUAACUGUUCCCUAACUAAUGCUAAUGCUAACAGUUACUUAGCCAAACGUUAACAGUUAGCCUACAUUGCUAACAUGUCUCCAGUUUUGGAGGGAACUCUACACUAGCCCCUGGUGGGCUGCGUGUGCGUUAUGUGGUCAGAGUACACAUUUAGAAGUUUCUUAUUGAGUGUAUUUCUGUCACUCUGUGUUAUUUAAUAGGUCUUAUAGAUCUGGGCCUUUCCUUGGCUCACUCACACCAGACGUCAGUGGAGUUGCUUCCUCUCUACUCUCUGUGUUUUAUAUUUAAACGGAUUAGAACGUAGUGCAGUCUUAUUUAUUUUUAUACUUCUGGCCCUCGAGAGGGCGCCAGCGAUUGAUGUCGACAAAGCGACACGUCUUGCUAAUAGAAGAGGUGAAGAUUAUGACGUCUUUUUAUUUGAUACAUGUUCUAAACUCAGUGUGUCAAUCAUUAUUAUUGGAGGUACACUGAAUGGCAGUACGGAUUACAUGAAAAGUGUGGGUUGUGUUCCAAAACAUACCACUUUGUCAGUCAUUUGUCUUUGAACAAUACUGACAUGCAGUAAGUGUAAUGACAUAGGAGAAUGUAAUAAUAGUUUUCUUUCAGUGCUGAAAACCAGUCAUGACAUCAGUUUUAUCAUCACAGAAAGCAGAUGUGUAUGUAUGACUAAUGAUCUCUUCAAACUGGGCCCCUAAGAAGACUUAUAAUUUCACCCAAUUUCUAUAUCCUAAAAUAUUGCGUGUGAUAGUUUAACACUAUGUCACAGUAUUUGACCUGUUCAGUGCCUUUUUGUUAGGUGGACAGGAAUCAAUAGUGUACAAUAGAAUUGGCGCAGAGAGCGGUGAGUGUAUUUUACUGUUAUGUAAAUAAGUGUGUGUAAAACUAUUUUCCACUUCCAAUGUCUUAUUUACAUAGUUUUUUUUACUUUAUAUGGUCAAUCUGUUUAUAAACUUGUAUACUGUAAACUCUAUAUCAGCUGCUAUUUUUAAAGGGUCGGGUUGGGUCUUAAUAUUAUAUACUAUAUGAUUUUGUUAUAUUCACGUUUUAAUAUUACAUUUACAGUGUACAUUACAGCUUGUUUCACUCUUUUCAUACGUCUGUCUGUCUGGCACUCUCUCCUUAAGUUAACCUUCAGACAAAGAUUCUUGCAGCAAUACAGUUUUCUGCAACACAUACUCUCUCAACACAAUUCAAGAUACUCUGGGUCAAGUUCUUACUCUGGGUAUUAUUUUCCCACUUCCCAUGUCAAUUAUAUCAAUAAGACCUCAGUCUAUGGGUUUUGCAUGGCCAUUGUCCACCAUGACCCAGUUCCUGACCAGAGGAUGAGCGGAAACGUUCAGUUAACGUUUGGGCAGCGCUAGAGAUGUUCAGAUGACGCUUAGACAGCAAUUGGGCAACACUAGACACCGUGGCAUGCUUCCUCCGUCAUGUGGGGUUCUCAUUUGAUACAUGACUCCUCAGUGCUGAGGAGAAAAUGGCCGACCUGUCAGCGCUGACCUCAGCCUCAUCCACGGGGGCUUGUCACGAACCAACCCCAAUGCUUUGUGCCUCAUCGUAAACGGGGCAUGAAAUAGCUUUCUUCCCCGCUUUUGCCGGAAUAACAGCCCAACAGUCAAUAGUUCACGUCUGGUGCUUCUGGGAAAUAAAUCCAUUUAAAAGA